CGGGCCCACUCCACUCCCCCUCCACAAAACCCUAGUUAUAUAUUUCUGAAUCCUGCUUCUGAAGUAGUUUCUCCAUUGCUGCUCACUGCUUGUGCGAUUGAAGUUCUCUUCCCGACUCUUAAUUGUGCUUCAGCGAGAAUCAACCUUCCAGAGCGCGAAGGGACCAAAAUGGCGACCUAUGCAGCGAUUAAGCCAGCAAAGGCGGGAUUAGAGGAGCCGCAAGAGCAAACCCACAAGAUCAGGAUCACACUCUCAUCCAAGAAUGUGAAGAACCUCGAAAAAGUUUGCGGGGACUUAAUUCGUGGUGCCAAGGACAAGAGGUUGAGGGUUAAGGGACCAGUGAGAAUGCCCACCAAGACUCUUCUAAUUACUACCAGGAAGUCUCCCUGUGGUGAAGGUACCAACACGUUUGAUAGAUUUGAGCUUCGUGUUCAUAAGCGUAUCAUCGACCUAUUCAGCUCCCCGGAAGUGGUGAAACAGAUCACCUCCAUUACCAUCGAGCCUGGAGUCGAGGUGGAAGUCACCAUUGCUGACGCUUAGAAAUGUUUUUUUUUUUUGGUUUCUGUUAUGAAUCUCCUUUUUUGUUACAGAUAUUCAGUUUAUUAGAGGAGAAAACUUGUGCACUUUCAUUCCUGCCCAAUAUGUACAUUGAGCGGUAAAACAGUGUUGGAUGUGGCAAACAGGUUAUUAUGGGUAGUAGACCUUACAAAUUUUAAUGACUUGAAUGCAAGUUUCCGAAUUAUGCAUUUCAUUUUUGUCAUUGGUCAGCUACUUGUAACAGAAUCCACUUUGCACUUACAGGGCUCACGCUUUCAGGAUGUUAUAUGCCAUGCCUCCAUUGAAAAGACAA